AACGCAUCUUGAGCACAUCAUCUGUGACAGCUCGAUGUUUGCUUCUAAAUUGAGAGUAUUUCUUCGUGUUAAUCCCAAUUCUCGAUAUAUCGUUAAGUCUGACGUGAUCCGAACUUUCACGAAUCUCCGAAUCGGAAGUAAACCUUGGACCGGCCGCCCCCGCAUUUGUGAUCAAAGAAGACAAGUCAUCAUCGCUAAUAAGAUGUCGUCAAUGAGGGAUUUGUUUCCGGAGAUCGAACCAUUUGAUUCAGGGAAACUUAAGGUGUCGGAAAUUCAUGACAUUUAUUACGAACAAAGUGCGAAAAAGGACGGUAAUCCAGUAUUAUUUGUUCAUGGAGGCCCAGGAGGGGGUACUAGUGGCCGUGACCGACGGUAUUUUGACCCUGAGACUUACAGAAUUAUCCUGUUUGACCAGAGGGGAGCUGGGAAGUCUACUCCUCCUGCAGAACUGCGAGAAAAUACAACCUGGGACCUGGUGGAAGAUAUAGAGCGUCUGAGGAAACACCUGGGGAUCGACAAGUGGGUGGUGUUUGGGGGGAGCUGGGGGUCAACGCUUUCUAUCGCUUACGCUGAGACACAUCCAGAUCGUGUAAAGGCCCUUGUCCUUAGAGGCAUUUUCACCUUGCGCAGACGAGAGUUACUUUGGUUUUACCAGGACGGGGCUAAUCAUCUGUUUCCUGACAAAUGGGAGGACUAUUUGGCCCCUAUACCUGAGGGAGAAAGGGGAGACUUGAUGGGUGCGUACUACAGACACCUGACUAGUGAGGACGAGGAGAAACGUGUCAAGGCGGCCAAGGCAUGGAGUAAAUGGGAGCUGGCCACGUCUCGAUUGCUGGUCGACGAGGACUUGGUGAAAAAAGCCGACGGAGACAUCUGGUCACAGCAAUUUGCCAGGAUUGAGAGUCAUUACUUUGUGCAUGGAGGAUGGUUCAAGACAGAUGCUCAACUAAUUGAAAAUGUGGAGAAAAUUCGACAUAUUCCAGCAACCAUUAUUCAAGGGCGCUAUGAUGUAGUUUGUCCUAUGGAAACGGCCUGGUUACUUCAUAAGGGAUGGCCUGAGGCUGAGUUCCACGUGGUACCUGAUGCGGGUCAUUCUACAAAGGAAGCUGGUAUAUGUCACCAUCUGAUUGAGGCCACAGACAAAUACAAAAACAUGUGAUCCAAUGAGCCGACAGGAAUUUGUCAUUUAAUUCAGAUCUAUUUUUACACAUUAACUUAUGCAUUCUCUUAUUUACAAAUGUUUAGUUCCCUUUUAGAAAUACAAGCAAAAAAGUACAAACCGUAAUUUUGUGAAAAAUAAGGACUGAUGUUGGAUAACAAAAAAGUGCUUUUUAAAACGUUGAUAUGUUAAUAAAAUCCUGCCAUGUCAUCUAA